CCAGCAUCCCUCGCGCUGUGGCUGACCACAACUCCCAGCAUCCUCGCGCAUAGUUGUUGACUACAACUCCCAGUACGGCCACGGGUGAACUCAACUACCAAAUCCCUGUUGCCAGUGGGCAAGCUCUGAGGCUCCUGGGUGACCACACAUCGCACGGUGAAUGGAGACAACGCUCAGCAUCCCUGGAACUGCUAUCCGUUGCAACUUCCGGGUCCCAAGGCGCCCCCCUAUAAUGGACAAACAACUCCUAGCGCCCUGUGCGACGCGCACUUAGCAUCUCCCAGCAGCCUGCGCGCGGCUGGCCACAGUUCCCGGCGCUCCUUGCGCGGCCCGACACCAAUGGCGGUUUGAGGGGUUCCGCCUAUGGCCUACGUCAGGCAGCCAGGACUCCCUGGAGAGGACGACAAAGAGCGUGUCCAGCUGGGGCUACCGGGUGGCCCAGAGCUUCGUCUUUGCUGUCGAGGAGAUCAACAGGAGCACCCGCCUGCUGCCCAACCUGACUCUGGGCUUCUCCAUCCGCAACUCCGGGGACUCCAUUCACAGGGCCCUGCAUGAGACCCUGUCCUUCCUCACUGGCCAGGAGGAUCCUGUCCCCAACUAUGUGUGCCAGUUUGGUCCACCCCGGGUUGCCUUGGUGGGGGACACACGCUCGGCUCUGUCUGUGGCCAUGGCCAGGCUGCUGGGGCUCUACAAGUUUCCCCAGGUCAGUUAUGCAUCCACACUGCCCAGCCUCAGUGACAAGACCCAGUUCCCAUCCUUCCUGCGCACCCUGGCCAGUGACCUCAAGUCCUCCUAUGCUGUAACCCAGCUGGUGCUGCACUUGGGAUGGUCCUGGGUCAUCAUCCUGGCCCAAGAUGAUGACUUUGGGCAGCAGGCUGGUGCUCUAGCUGCUAGAGAACUGGGAGAGGCAGACAUCUGCAUCGAAUUCCACGUCCCAGUCCCUUCCCAGCAUUCCCCUGAGAAGAUCAACGCUGUGGUUCAGAAGAUGCAGACCAGCACUGCCACGGGGGUCCUGGUCUUCCUGAGCAACUCCAAUUUCAAGCUUAUCCUGCAGAGCCUGCUGGGUUUCAGUCUCCUGGGCCAGGUCUGGGUCAGUGAGGGCCUCCUGCACACGGCACUUGCCCUGGCCAUGCCUGGCAUCUCUCAGGUACUGCGGGGCACAUUUGGCCUUCUGCGGCACAGUAGCCGGGUACAUGGAUUCCCUGAGUUUUUUGCCAGCUUACACCCAAAUCGGACCCCAGAGGACAUGUUCCUGGGGAGGUUUUGGGAGGCCACCUUUGGGUGCAGAUGGCUGCAUGCGAAUGGCACAGUGUCAGGAGAAGUACGGCUGUGCUCAGGUAGUGAGAGUCUGAGAGGGCAUGAACAUCCUUUCCAAGACGUGAGUAGAGUGGACAUUGCAUACACAGCCGUCUACAGUGUAGCCCAUGCCCUGCAGGACCUGGUGUCCUGUGAACAUGGGGAUGGCAUGUGCACAGACCCCAAGCACUUCCAGCCCUGGCAGCUCCUUCACCCCCUCAGGAAGGUGCGCUUCCAGACCCCUGAUGGGACCCACAUCAUGUUCGAUGCCAAUGGAGACUUGGUGACAACAUAUGAUGUUUUCCAAGGGCAACAGAGCCCCAAGGGCCAGUUCCACUUUGUCCGCAUUGGCACGAUGGACCCUCAUCGCUCUUCAGAGGACAGAAUUAUGAUUCGCUUGAAAGAUGGUGUGCAGUGGGGAGGAUGCCUGCCUACUCUUUGCUGGGUCAAGUCACCCUUGUGCUCCAAGCAACAGGGUCUCUGCUGUCGCCCUGCAAACUGUUACCAGGUGCCCAGCUCUGUCUGCAGCACCAGCUGUGAACCAGGAUCCAGUCAGAUCCCCCAGCAGGGAGCCCCCCACUGCUGCUUUGAGUGCCGGCCCUGCCCCGAGGGACAGUUUACAGAUCAGAGAGACAUGAAGAGCUGUCGCCAGUGUCCCAAGGAGCAGUACCCAAGCCAGGCCAGAGACCGCUGCCUUCCCAGGACAGAGACCUUCCUGGCCUUCGAUGAACCCCUGGGCCUUGCACUGACUUCGGUGGCGCUGGCGCUGGCCGGCCUGGCCUGCCUGGUCCUCGGGGUAUUCCUGAGGUUCCGGGACACACCUGUGGUCAGGGCCAACAACAGGGCCCUCAGCUACGUGCUCCUGGUGUCCUUGGCCCUCUGUGCCCUGAGUCCCUUGCUGUUCCUUGGCCGCCCCUCACCCACCACCUGCCUCCUCCGCCAGACCACCUUUGCUGUGGUGUUCACUGUGGCCGUGUCCUGUGUCCUCGCCAAGACCCUCACUGUGGUCCUAGCCUUCAGGGUCACUAGGCCGGGACAGAGAAUCCGCAUGUGCCUUGGGCCCAACACCUCCUCUUUUGUGGUACUGGGUGCCUUGGUGGUGCAGGUCGUCCUCUGUGGGAUCCGGCUGGGCACCUCCCCACCAUUCCCACACAGUGACACAGCCUCAGAGGCAGGCCGCCUUGUGCUCCUGUGCCAGGAGGGCUCUGGUGUCGCCUUCUCCUGUGUGCUGGGCUACCUGGGCCUCCUGGCUGUGGGCACCUUCUCUGUGGCCUUCCUGGCCCGGGGCCUGCCGGAUGCCUUCAACGAGACCAAGUUCCUCACCUUCAGCAUGCUGCUCUUCUGCAGCGUCUGGACGGCCUUCCUACCCCUGUACCACAGUGCACGGGGCAAGGCCACUGUCGCUGUGGAGGUCUUCUCCAUCUUGGCCUCCACUGCAGGACUGCUGGGUGGCAUCUUCCUCCCCAAGUGCUACCUCAUCCUGCUGAAGCCUGAGAGGAACACGCUGGCUGGGUUGAGGCUAGGUCACCAGGCUCAGAGUGCUCCAUUUUCUCGCAGAAACACGGAUACCCCCAGGCUCCCAGCACAGUACCCUUGAGCCAGUCCUUGAAGACAGCACCAAGACCCCAUGUCUGACUGAGCUCAUGGUUUCUGGGUGGAGUAAAGGAGAGCUGAGGAGCCUGUGAGGCUCCUAGAACAAGAUGCUGAGGAUGGUGAACGACAACCCUGGAUGUGUGUGUAGUCUCUGUCUGCUCUCUUUGUGCCGAACAUUUAUACAAGUAAAAACAGUAGAGAAGGGCAAAGAGGUACUAGUAACAGUGAUAAUGAUGACUUGAAGACAAACUUGUUGAGAAUGAGGAAAUUGAAGCCCUCCCCUGUUCUGUGGGGAUGGAUAAUGACAGGUCAAUUCUCAGAAGAUUAAACCCAGCCCUAACAUGUAACCAGCAGUUCUACUCUUAGAUACUCAAGAGAAAUAUGCAUCCAGUAGUACAAAUGAAUGUUCAGAGAAGCAUUAUUUGCAAGCCAAAAUGUGGAAACCAUUUAAAUGUCCAGCUCGUGAGUGGAUAAACAAAUGUGAGCUAUUCAUAAUGAAAUGAUAUUUGACAAGAAGGAGGAAUGCAGGGCUAAUGCUGGCAAAACAUAGAAAAACUUGAAAACAUUAUGUUGACUGAAGGAAGCCAGGAAAACAAUGAUACCACGUGGUAUAAGAUUUGCGAGCUAUGAAAUGUCCCAGGACAGGCAAAUCCAGGGAUCAGAAUGUAGGGUAGUGGUUUCCUGGCAUUGUGGGAGGGAGAUUAAAUGUGGGCGUGGUAACUAAGGGUGCAGCAUUUGAUUGCAGGCUAGUGAAUUUCUAAAAUUGAGUUUGGUGAUUGUAGCCCAAUUGGGUGUGGGUAGUAAUAAAAAAUAUUAAAUUGCACACUUUAAAUGGA